AUGGGAUGCCCGGACCACCUCAAAGUCUCUUUAGCUACAUUCAAGGUCGAAGGAGAGGCAGUCAAUUGGUGGGAGACGACAGAAAGGGCAAUCCCUGAGGGCCGUGCCUGGCACUGGGAAGACUUCGAGAGGAGGUUCUUCGAGAAGUACUUUCCAAGAUCGUACCGAGACGAAAAGAUGUUUGAAUUCCUGAAGCUUACUCAAGGCGAGAUGACUAUCGCGCAGUAUGAGUCUAGAUUCACUGAGUUAUCGCGCUAUGUGCCGAAAUUAGUCGAAGAUGAAGACUUCAAAAUCAAGCGAUUUAGAGAUGGUCUUCGACCCUCGAUCCACUCCAAGAUAUGCUGCCUAAAUUUGAAAAGCUAUGCCGACGCGUUCGACAAGGCAACUCGAGCCGAAAAUGACGACGAUCGUAAGUCACGGGCCAGGUUACAACAACAUGAGGCUGGGAAGAGACCCAGAACAAACCCUAUGAUGCCACCAAUAUCGGACAAAAGACCGAGGAUUGUCUCACAACAAGCAGGAACCCCUGAAGAUAAGACGCCGCGAGACAGUCGCCCGGGGUGCGGCUACUGCCAGAAGUUGGGUCACGAUAUGAAGAACUGCUACAAGAAAAUGAGGGACGAAGGACGCCCUGUUCCAUCACAGAAGCAAUCAUUUGGGCCAAGCGCGCCUCAAAAAUCCCAAGGGCGCCUAUACGCCAUGAGGUCACCGAAAGACACAGACGCUGCCUCAGGACUAAUAGAAGGUACGGCUACUAUCUGA